UACUCGAAAGUGGUGAGAAGUUUCCGUGAACUGUGGCUCCGUCAAGGCAGAACGGGCAGACGGUGGAAUGUUUACAGACAAGAGUAUCAGGAAGAAAAACAAAAGACAAAUGUUGGAAACUAUGCGGAGUUCCAUUUUCUUUUUCUUCCUUUUAUUUUUUUUCUGGAAUUUAACCCCCUUCUUGGAACUGCUGUGGCGAGCUGUGGCCCCUCCGCUGCUCGAAUGUCACCGGCGCCUUAUCAAGGCUGCAAGCGCCGGCUCAGAGACUCGGAAGCUGUAGCAGAUCGCUAUCGCCGGCAGACGCAGCAGAAAAAACAAAAAAAAAACAAUGUAUGCGUUCCUAAAUUCAAUUGUGGGGCUUUACGUGCCAAAGGCAGGGCGUGAUUAUGAGGCACACCGCAGGGGGGACACUCCGGGUUAGUUUUGACCACCUAAGGUUCUUCAACGUGCCCCCAAUGCACUGACGCAUUUUUUUUUUUUUUUUUUGCAUUUGAUCCCGCGACCUCGCGCUUACCAGCACAACACCGCAACCGCUAAGCCACCGCGGCGGUUGUACAUACACGCUUGUAAGCGAGGCAAGCACGACAUACAAUUCUAACCAUUUCGUUCUCGCCCUAAGUUGCGAUGCGCUUCGACGAAGUGGCUAUAUCCUCUAUUCAGAUCACGCGUCGCUGGCUCCAUUUUUUUCCGCGUUCGAGUUCGUUUAUUGUCUUCGCGGUAACGCGAAACGCCGGCACAUUAAAACAGCGUGCCUAGGCGAGUCUUGAGUGAAAACCGCUUCCGCACACUCCAUGCAUUACAUUAAGGUUGCGUGCCGACAAGAAAGCGUCCAGACACAACCACGCGAAUACAUUGUGUGACUUUCUGGCUUUCGUCCUAGAAAGACCUGCCUGAACAAAAAAAAAAGAAGCUUGAAAACGAAGAUCUUCUCGAAAUUUUUCUACCUCAGUGUUGGGGAAUGCUCCGGACUUAUCCUAAGAUCCUGGAACUAAUCAUUCCGCAUCUAAAGUAAUGACGAAUAUCUUUUUUUGUGGCACCAUGAUAAUGCAAAACUCGAUUUUAAUAAAGUCGGUCUUGUGUUUGGUGCGUUGGAAUGAGACCUGCACCAAGUAUUCACCGAAGCCAAUACUCCUAACUGAAGAGUUACAAGUACCUGCUGGGCCCGAAUCUGCAAAGUGCUUUUCGUAAGUGCUCUUCGCGAUUGCCCCGGCCGCCCUCACAUGAGGAUUGGCUCAUAUCUGCUUUUACGAGCUGUUCUAGCGCGUAAGACCUUGUUUGUGAAUACGGGCCCUGGACUUUACGAAUACUCGUAUAGCACUGACUUUGUAUCGCUCCUGUACCAUGCCGAUACUAAUCGCAGCGAAGAGCUCUACCAGGUGCUACAAGCGUACGACCCCACUCUUAUAUACAAGAAACCUACUUUAUGCACUACCGGCGGAUAUGGGGCCUCUGGUUUGAAGAUAUCGCAGCAGAAGCAGCAGCAGCAGCUGGUGGUGGUUCUUGCUCAGUGAAGUGACUGAAGACCAAGAACCUACUGGACACUCGUCACUGUCGUCAGCCAGCAUCAGGGUGUCACACCUCGUUAAGUGACGAAGAAGUCAUUAAACCAGCACACGUAGAGUCAGGGUAGCGCGGCUAUCGGCCCGCCCCUGGUUCCCCCAAUUUCGGCAGCCUACAGUCCAGCGCGAUUUAAAGGCUAUCGCGCAAGCGUCGACCAAGAACAAGGACAGCGCCGCUGCCCAGAAUCAUCUUUCGAGGAAAGGGAGGUAUCAUGCCAGCUUCGCUCACGUUUUUUUUUUUUUUCUAUUCCUGAAGCUGCGGUCACUCCCGUAUGAGGAAGGCGCUGUCUCAUUUUUUUUUCCCCUUCAGGGAACAGGCAGUGAUGGCACUGCGCGCAACGUAUUCUUCCGUAUUAUAAAUAAAGAGCAAAGGUGGCGAGUUUGUCGUGGGAGUGAUUGUUGUAGCAUGGAACAGCCAAAAACAGGGAGAGGCUAGAUCGGUCGACGCUAGCGCGAUAGCCUUCAAAUGGCGCUGACUACUUUCAAGAGCGCCCGUUUGGUUGCUUUUGCGUUGAUCGUUCCCCCGCCUUCCUACUGCUUGAGUCACAUGCGUUUGCUCCUCUCGCAUCGACUGGGAAUUUUUUUUUUUUCUUUUCCGACAAGGACGUUUGCAACAACGGUGAAAAACUCGCGCGGUGCGCGCGCAUACAGCUGCGCGCGGAGAGCGGAACGAGCGGCGGUCGUCGGUACUACGACAACGCUGGGCGAGGGGGCAGCGCUGCUCUUAGGGAGGAGGGCACGGGGACAGUGUGUCACGUGGUAGAGCGAGAACGGAAGAAAGGGAGGGUGCUCGCCAGAAAGGCAGAAAAUACAAAGCGGCAAAACGAUUCAUGCGAGCUACGUCGCUGGUGUAUACGUGCGAUACAAGGCAGUAUCACACACACGGGCGGUGCCAAGCGCAGAGAAGGAGAUAGCCUCUCUCUCUCUCUCUGUGGCGGAUCUCCUCCCUGCUUUCAAUCUUCCUGCGUGUCGCAUCUCGCCUGCUUCCUCGGCUAUUAUUUGACUCAGUCCAACAAACGCCCCGGCGCUGUGACGCGCGCGCGCGCGUCCGCGCUUCGCUACGUUUUGCACCCCUCAAUCGCGAUUUUUUUUUUUUUUUGUUAUUCUCACUCCCUGCUCCACCUCCCCUCCCCUCUUUGAAGCUCAAUUGAAUUCCCGCUGGGUGACUUCUACGUCGCGCUCUCUUCCUUUCUUUUCGCGGGACUCAAUUCUUAUCAGCCCUCUCCCAUUCACUCUAAGUAGUAUUUGUUUGUUUGUUUGUUGCCCCUGACGGGAGAAGAGCAUCGGAGGGCGGUUGUGAGAGCGGGCGCGACUUGUGGUGGGUGGCGCUUGUUCCCCCCCCGCACAUGCACGGCGGCCAGAAGCAACCGCGGGCGGGAUAUUCCCUACUUCCCUCUCCUCCGCCCACGUUCCUUCUCGCUCACCCCCCCCCCCCCGCACAGCAAGAUGUUCACCUGCCGCAGCCAAGUGUAAAAGCGCGGUGCCACCUCCUACUGCUCCCCUGCUCAAAAGCCCACGGGAGGUCACUUGAGCGAACCCGCGACUAGCCCCGAACGGAACGGCGGCGGUCCCUGCGUCGAAGCACACGUCCGAGUGACACCUGCACGGCUACAGUGACCGCAUCACGAGGUCGCGCAAUAGACGGCUUCGAGAUCGGUCCGCAGGGCGCCCUGAACCACGGCGGCGUCCAAUCUGUGAGCGCAGUGUGACCUACAGAGAGCCCUGGUCGUCAACGAACGUGCGGCGUACACUCGGCCCGAGCGUCGACCGAGCGAUCUCCUCCCGUCGUCACAACAGCGAUCGACGACGCCGCCUACGCACGUUUCGCAACGCGCUUUGACGUCGCGCUGCUGGCACGCUGACAAUCGGCGGCUCGUUCGGCGAACCGGGAACGGCGCGUCGCUUCUUCACGACUUGUGCAGUCCAGCGCGCGCGCGUCAACUGCGAGCGAAGAGGUGAAACAAGAGGAAGCAGCCAUCGCAGCCGCCUAAGGCGCCUCAGCGAGCGUGUGCUUUGACCCCGCGCCACCUUGCUGGAUGGACACAUCCGCGGAGACCAGUGACCCCGUCGAGUGAAAGCCACGUCGGAGUUGACCAACCCGCCAGAAACUUCCACAAGGACAUCGAGCGCGGGACUUUAUAAACCAGGCGCUCGGUUGCAUUGGCGCGGUUUGUCCGAGGCCAGUGGCCCGCGUCGGAUCUUCGGCCAGAGAUCGACGGCGUGCACCACAGAGACAGGCUGACUACAGUGGUGCCUCCACAAGGGGUCGGUGACAGAGUGCGAGAUGACGCCGCGGACUCGCCUGCUCGUUCACCUGCUGGCGCUCGCCGCCCAUAUUUCGGUGGCUCGGGCCUCCGAUAACCACGCGCUGCUGGACCGGCUGCAAGAGGUGCUGGACUCUCCUGCGAGUCGCAUCGGUGCCCGCUGCCGCAACGACACGCUCUUCUACCUGAACCGCCUGAGGAACGGCUCGCCGUGGGCACUCAAGAUGUUCGACAGUACGGCCAAACCCGAGAGUGGUGUGCUGACCGGAGGCCUGACCUUCCUGGGCUACUACUCGGAGUGCAUCGCGGCGCUGCAGCCAGGACGCCGCACGGCUACCUCCAACGAGUCACAAGUGCCGCCCUUCACCAGCACCUACUGCCUGGCCACCGUCAGCUUCGCAAACGCCCAGCGGUGGCCGCCCAAGGGAUUUCCAGAGUACCUGUGGAAUGAGCUUCACGGCAAUAGCAUGCGGUUCGGACUCUGCGUACCGUCCACCUGCGGAGAGAAGGAGAUCACAGAGCUGGCCGCCGAGUUCGUUCAGGCAUUUGACCGAGGCGUAAACGCGACCUCUACAGCCUGCUCGCCUAGCCAGGAGCCCUACGUUUCCAACGUUCCAGCUCUUUCAGUCACGUGUGUCCUCCUGCUGUUCGUUGCCAUGGCGUUCGUGGGCACGGCUUAUGACGUGGCGCGGUCCUUUCGCUCGUCCCACAAGAAGCCUUCGUCCUCUCGAAGCGUGGACACCACAAUGGCUUCCAAUGAAGGCCUCGUCAGCGGAGGAUCCAUGGGGGACGGCGGCACCACCUUCAGCCGCGUAGUUCUCGCGUUCUCCGUGCUCGAGAAUGGGGCCAAGAUCUUCAACACGAGCGGAACGAAGGAGUUCAUCCAGGUUAUCCACGGGCUCCGUUUCUUCAGCAUGGCCUGGAUCAUCUUGGGUCACUCGUUCUCCUUUUCCAAGCAGUGGGUCACCUAUCGGAAUAUGGACGACCUGCUAGUCAUCCACAAGGACAUCAUAACUCAAGGCCUUGCCAAUGGCACCGUGACUGUGGAUACGUUUUUCUUCAUAAGCGGCCUUCUGGUUGUCUACGUGACAUUAAAGCAGUUGGCGUCAAAUGGUGGAACUAAUCGCUGGUAUUUCUUCUACCUCCACAGGUACUGGAGGAUGACGCCACUGAUGAUGACGGUGAUCGCCUUCUGCGCCGUGCUUUUGCCGUACUGCGGCGAUGGACCGCGCUGGAAGGAGUCCAUCGCCACCUACGACCUGACCUGCAAGGCCAACUGGUGGGUCAACGCCAUGUACCUGCAAAACUUCAUUCACCGGACGAACAUGUGCCUCAACCACACCUGGUACUCGGCUGUGGACUUCCAAUUUUACUUCAUAUCGCCGGCCAUAAUCGUCGCUCUCUACAGGAAGCCAAGACUGGGUCUGUUGCUGAUCGCUGUGCUGCUGCUGGGAACGACGAGCUUCACAGCUGUCUACACUGCCAUCUACGACUAUCCAGCAGCCCCGUACAUGUCGGACAUAACGCCCCUGGAUAAGAUGAACGACUUUAUGGGCUACGUGUACGUCAAGCCGUACUGCCGUAUUGGUCCAUUCCUUGUCGGCAUGGCAACCGGUUACGCUCUUCACCGCACGCAGGGGUCAAGCAUCAUCCGAAAGCGCUACGUGUGGCUGGGGUGGACGGCCUGCGCGUUCAUGAUGCUGGGCGUGCUGUACGCCAUGUGGCCCGCCAACACCGGCGAGUCGAAGCCCUCCGUCGCUUGGGCGGCCGUCUACGGAGGCUUCGCUCGCUCCAUCUGGGCUCUCGGCCUCGCGUGGAUCAUCUUUGCCUCCGUCGCCGGCUAUGGAGGUGUGGUGAGCAAAAUUCUCUCGUGGAAAGCCCUGGUGCCCCUGAGCCGGUUAACCUUCUGCGCGUACAUCAUUCACCCGGUGCUGAUGGUCAUCUUUUACGGCUCGAGGGAAGAGAGCUUCGACUACUCUUCGUACCUGCUGAUCUACUUCGCCAUAGGAAACAUCGUCCUAACGUACAUGGCUUCCCUAGUCUUGAGCCUCGUCUUCGAGGCGCCCAUCAUCGGGCUGGAGAGAGUGCUGCUGAACAGGAAAUGAGACGGGUCUCCGGUCACACAAACCAGCGCCUCGACACCGACGUAUGGCGCCAGCGCAAGCACUGGAGCACGCACCGGGGCCAUUCACUGUGAUACGCGCAUCGUAGGCCCCGUGAUCGACAGGUGAACAUUCUGGCUAGCGCCACGCUGUGCAAUUCUCGUGAACGCUGUCGACACGAGCGGCGCUGCAGUCUGCGUUAUUCGCGUGUGGACCAUAAUGGAGCUUGGCCUAGCGGCUGCGUUACACGGAAACGACCACUGUGACAGCUGCUGCCUCAACCAAAUGAAUGCUUGUGGGCGGAACGCUAGUGUGUUUAUGUGCGGAGACAGCCACAAGCGAGCGCUUGAUUCCAACGCAAAUCAAAAUGGUGGUGUUUCAAAGGAGUACGUGGCCCUCCAUUUAGUGAUGUCGCAUCCAGGCAAGAGGACUUCUGGUUACUUAUACAUGGUUUUCUUUGGCAGAGAACAUUGCUUCAACUUGAUCUACCGCGGCUUUGUUAACUGUCGCUGUAGCAUGAUUUUGUCUGGUGCAAGGGCCAACUGCUCCAGGAUUUAUUUCGUUUGUCUAUGGUAACGCAUCUCUGUGUCAAGUGUCGGACCCUGGGCCUCGUCCAGCCUUCAAGUGUUAUUGUGGCACCUUCGCCUUGUCAGAAAAAGGAAAAUUGUCAUCCUCCCGAGAGUAACACGAAGAUGCACGGCGAAGCUCUACCUUCGCCUCGCCAUGGUGUGUGCGUUCGUCAAGCAGCUGAGACUUGAGCUCAUCAACAGUCGUUUUAGGUCGUGGAAAAAGUUGUUCCACACAAUGGACGUAUUGACGCUGUCAUUUUACAUGACGCAAGAGUUGUUUCAUUUUUGUUUCGAAUGGGCAUUGAGUGUGUUUGUGUGUUCGCGAUUCUCUCUGAGGUUUCCUUUAAAGACGUACGGAAUGAUAAAACCUCACCAAACGAGGUAACUGUUACUAAACGCUCUGCAAAGACCGAGCACGUGAGUGAAUACACCUGUGUGCAGCAAACACGAUUGUAGGUCUUAAUAAUGUCACUGGAGUAAAAUCAAAACAAAUAUACCGUCUAAUUGAACGGUGCGACAAAUGUCAAGGCACUGCGUCUCUCAGAAAGGUGUAGUGACAGCUUACCUUUAAAGCAAGUUACCUCCUGAAUGAAGAGCCAUUGUAUAUGAGAAAGUGCGAGUCUUGUCGCGACCUUACUGAGUGUUCAAAGUGUAGUACAAAGUUACGUUUCACAAAUAUAUUUAAAUAUAUUGAGCGGUUGCUCCCAUUUCGAUGCUUAUUGCCUGUGUAAUCUUAAAUGACCUGAUGUACUUAAGUUUUUUUUUUUACAUAUCAUGUCGCUUACGGAAAUGUUCUACUUGCAUGGGGAAAGGUACUGCGUCCGCGGUAAAAACAAAACAAAAAUCCGAGGACACCUAAGCACUUCUGACAUGUUGUAAAUGCUAAAGCAUUUAUGUCCAUUUGAACGCCGCUGAACGGUCCUUCGAGUUACGAACUCCUCGCGGGCAAGCGAGCGUGUUGAGACGUUUGGUCAACGCCUCCUAGAUAGCACAAGGCCCACGCACUUCGAUCCGUGGCGCUUUGGUACCUUCCCCGACUGCCAUAGAAUCGAAUGCGUGGUCCCGAGUACACUCCUAAAAAUGUUUGCACCCUUUGGGGCUUAUCUUGUCCCGCAACAAUAAUCGUUAUCUGCGUUGCCUGCAUUUCUUUCUUUAAUGCUGCGAGCCCAGCACUUCCGAGCCAUGAACGGCAUGCGCGUUAUCAGCGUGACAUUGCACUCUAGACAGGAAAGUAGCGAGUGCUGAGUUUUCAAGAAAGGAAACGCAAGCAAGGCAGAUGACGAUUGUUUUUGUGGAACAAGAUAAGCCCCAAAAGGUAUGAACUUUCUUAAGAGUGCAAGCCACGGUGAUUUUGACGUUACCGCUUUCCUCACGCCGGGCUUGGCAAUGGAAAUGACAGGCCACGGAGCAAGACGUCAUGAAUCAGACUGCGCAGGCCUGCUAGUUAGGUGGCGCUUGUUUAGCCUAUUGAGUGAGACACUCGGCUUCUGAGCGUGGGGUCGUGGGUUCGAAACUCACUACCGCCACUCACUCGUUUCAAAUUUGUUCAGCUUUUUUAUGCAAUAAUUUUUACUGUGGUUACCGAGACGAAGUUAGAACGCAGGCGAGAGCUUGCGCGUAUGAGGAGUGCGCGGAUAACACAUGCUUCCGAGAGCGAGGGUGACGUGGCGUCGCGUCGAUGCCCUCUCCCGUCGCGCCAGCGCAUCAGCAGGUGUCCCCUUUCUUCCGCUCUGCUCUGUCGAGGCGUGUACGUGACGUGGCGGCUCAGCCAAUGCGAAUUUAGGUGCCGUUUCGCUGCUAGAGGUCUCGCUCAAAGGGCCAUUUGAUGCUUUCGCAUCAAGAAUAUUAUCAUACGGAGUAUCUUUGAGGCAAGAUCACACACACACACAAUUUUUUGCGAGUGUUGUUCCUGUAUAAACGUAGGAGUUGUCUGUUUUUGUUUUUACUUUGCCAACUACAUUUGGAACUUAUUUUGUUGAGAACUUCCAGCUAUGCUUUUCAUCACCGUGAAUGCUUGUAGCUUGACGCCAUAGCUCAUGAUUCAUCCAUUGUUGUUCUUGUUGUUCUUGUUGCUCAUCUAUGCAAGCACCUGCAUCAUCUCCUAGUGCAAGCAGCUAUUAAUAUAGGCACACGUGCGUAAAGCACUCAAAUAAAGCGAAAGUAUGCGAAAGAAA